CACAUCUUAUACUUAUAUGUCUCUCUCUCUCUCUCGUGUACUAUUUCAGGUCGGUUCGACCUAAAGGAGGAGACCGUUGAAGACCUGCUGUCCACUGCCUGUCUGCUUCAACUGUCCGAGGUGGUGGAGGCCUGCUGUAACUUCCUUAUGAAACAACUCCAUCCAUCCAACUGUAUUGGGAUCCGACAAUUUGCUGAUGCUCAGGGAUGUAUCGACCUGUACAAGGCCGCCAACAAUUACGUUAUGGAGAACUUUGUUGAAGUCAUGGAGAACCAGGAAUUCCUAAAGCUGGCCCCUGACGAUGUGGGCAAGCUACUGUCCAGUGAAGACCUCAAUGUACCGAGUGAAGAGACCAUAUUCCAGGCACUGAAGGCCUGGGCGAAACACGACCUCACCAACAGGAAGAGGCAUUUGUCCAAAUUACUGUCUCAUAUAAAACUGCCCCUCAUGGCACCACAGUUCAUAGCCGACCACGUGCGGACAGACCCAAUAUUCUGGGAUGACAAGGAAUGCCAGGAUCUCAUAAUGGAAGCGCUCAUGUACCACGUGUUACCUGAGAGGAGGUCGUCGUUCCAGAGUCAACGAACGAAACCUCGCAAGUCCACAGUCGGAGUUCUUUACGCUGUCGGAGCAAUGGAUAAUGCAAAAGGUGCCACAACGAUUGAAAGAUAUGACCUCCGCACUAACACGUGGACCCAAGUUGCUAACAUGAACGGACGACGGCUCCAGUUUGGCGUCGCCGUCCUUGACGGUCGCUUGUACGUGGUCGGUGGCCGGGACGGUCUGAAGACCCUGAACACUGUCGAAUGUUACGACCCGAAACGGAAAACCUGGAGUUCCAUGCCUCCCAUGUCAACACAUCGACAUGGCUUAGGAGUUGGGGUUCUUGAAGGGCCAAUGUAUGCAGUCGGAGGACAUGAUGGCUGGUCGUAUUUAAACACAGUCGAAAGGUGGGAUCCUCAAGCGCGCCAGUGGAGUUAUGUUGCCCCCAUGUCAACUCCACGGAGUACUGUAGGAGUAGCUGUUCUUGGAGGAAAAUUGUAUGCUGUUGGGGGCCGAGAUGGUAGUUCGUGCCUGAAGUCGGUUGAGUGCUUUGACCCUCACACCAACAAGUGGACAGCAUGUACGACCAUGUCUAAACGUAGAGGAGGUGUAGGUGUCAGCACCUGCAAUGGCUUCCUCUAUGCUGUGGGAGGGCACGAGGCCCCGGCUUCCAAUCCCACCUGUUGUAGAUUCGACUGUGCAGAAAGGUAUGACCCCAAAACAGACCAGUGGACUAUGAUUGCUGCAAUGAGUACCCCCCGGGAUGCAGUAGGAGUGUGUCUACUCGGAGACAGACUGUACGCCGUCGGCGGAUAUGACGGUCAACAGUACCUUCAUGAUGUUGAGUGUUAUGACCCAGUGACCAACGAAUGGAGCAAGGCUGCACCACUAUGUACCGGCCGAGCUGGAGCAUGUGUCGUCCACGUGAGCAGUACCAGCUGACUACGAAGCCACAGAAGAACUUUGGCGUUGCUCAAGAAAUGGCCUUCAGGAUUCUUCCCCAAAAUGCGCCGAAAAUUCUCUGUCUUCAUCUAAUUCCACAGACCAACACACACCAUUAUACAUGCACACGUUAUCUGUUUGUGUGUAUAUUAUAUUCUAAGUAUACACAUAUACAUGAACACUUGCCACAAACAUUUAUACAUACAAACACACAUAUAUAUAUAUACACACACACCUAUGUCUCAUUCCAUUGGUAAUGCUAUGCUACUUCAUAAUAAUCCUUAUUAUUGAGAUAUAUAUAUAAACAUAUAUACAUGCACAAAUAAAUACGUAUAUAUACACACACAACGUUUCUGUGUGUAUAGUAGGUAGGUGACUUUUGGCGGCGAGCUGGCAGAACCGUUAGCACACCGGGCGAAAUGCUUAGCGGUAUUUCGUCUGUCUUUACGUUCUGAGUUCAAAUUCCGCCGAGGUCAACUUUGCCUUUCAGGGUCGAUAAAUUAAGUACCAGCUACACACUGGGGUCGAUGUAAUCGACUUAAUACCUAUGUCUGUCCCCUUGUGGGUAAUAAAGAAAUAGGUAGGUGACUUUACCCCAGCCUACCUAUGUCUCAUAAAUUCUCCCACAGUAAAUGAACAUACACGCACAUAGAUAUAUACACACACACAUAAAAACAUAUAUAUAUAUAUACAUACCCAAAGACAACACAGAACUGAUGUGGAAACGGAAUCUUCAAAUCACUAAAAUGAACUUCUUACAUUCGACAGACUCUCUCUCUUACUUUGUCUACCUCUCUUUUUUUGAAAUGGCAGCUCUAAGGAUUGAACCUCAAUUGGUGUAUAUGUGUGUGUGUGGAGUAACAAGUGUGUUGAAUUGUAUACAUAGAGGAAGUGGGUAUAAAUUUUAAAUUCCUGGGAGCUUGUGGCAGGUGAUGUAAUAUAUAUAUGUACGUGUGUGUUUAUGAAUAUAUAGUUAAGUAUAUACAUACACCGCUACAAGCAUUGGGUCGUUGUUUCUCAGUUUGAUUACCAUAUAUACAGAUCAGCAAAAGCGACCGAUAGAAUAAGAACUAGGCUUACAAAGAAUACGUCCUGGGGUUGGUUUCUUCAGCUAAAAUCCUGUAAGGCAGUGCUCCAGCAUGGCUGUGCAGUCAAAUGACUCAAGUAAGUAAACCAAAGGAUGUGUGUGUGUCUAUUCCUGUUUAAAGAACAAACCCAGGGUGAACUGCAAUGAGAAUGUGGCUGGUCUUGUUUGAGCUGUUGUCUGCCGAAAGCCUUUCUCAUGUCCAGACUGUUGUGGAUAAUGUGGCCAACUCUUUCAUGGGAAAUCCCAAGAGUCUCAGCUAUGACUUUAGCUGGAAUCCAGUGGUCCUCGAGAAUCAGGCCAUGACAGCCACAGCAUCAGUUUUGUCCUCUGUGGUCACAUGAGUUGGCCGUCCUGGCUGGGGUUCAUCUGUGACCUCGACACUCAGAUUUUCACUGGAGUAAGAUGGGCAACCAGCCUUCAAGGUUUCCUUCUUGUCCCCAUAGAUUUCCGCUGCUCCUUUGCCUUUCAAAUGGAGGAACAUCAUGACCGCAUGUGCUUCAAUUUCACUGCAGGAGUUGCCAUCAUGCAUUAAAUCUGCAAAAAAAAGAGAACAGUAUACCAUCAUGAUCUUUUGCGAUACCCUUAAAACCAAGAACUUUUCAGGACCCCUUGUGUAUGUAUAUAUAUAAAAAACCCACUUGUUAUCAAUUCAAAAUGAACAAUUAAAUUACAUAUAAUAGAAAAGUUUAA